UGAAGUGAUGCCAGGCAGUGGCCCUGCCARGGAAUUGCUGCUCCUGAGAAAUGCAGGGUGGGGACAAGCGCUGACAAAUGUCUGCUCCUGGAGCUGGGAAUUCAGCAGCACAAACAGAUUGGAAACCUUGGGAGAACUCCAAAGAUUUUGAAGCCAGAUUGUGCCUCACCAUCUUGGGGUGACGCACUCAGGGCAGGCCUGGAUGGGAGGGAGUUUAGGAUGGCAGAGCCAGGAGAUCAAUCAGCUCCCUGGAUGUCACACAGUACCCCGUGCCAAGGAGCACCAGCCUGKGCCAGCUCGUCUUGGACACAAACUCUAUCCCAGAUCCAUCUUCUCCUCCCARCUCCAUAAAUUCUGUGCUCUGCAGGUGCCUCAGUUAACUCUGUCCUUUCCUGUUCCCUCAGAUUGGGCCGGGCCAGUGGGGGAUCCCCAGCCCCCAAAGCYGCUGCUCCCCAGCAGGACAGGUCCUCUCCCUCCAAGCCCCAGUCCGGAUAUCUCAUCAGCCCAAAAUUUCAGCUGCCCUUCCCUCCCCAGGGGGGUGUUCACCAAGACCAUCGAUAAGAGCCCAUCCGUGCCGGACCCUUCACCUCCCAGCCAGGCACAGAAAAGCACCUCCCUGAAGGGACAGAGCCGGUCAUCCUCGGGCUACAGGAUGACCACGGAGGACUACAAGAAACUAGCUCCGUACAACGUCCGGCAGAAAUCCGUGGACGGGGAUGAGGAGGAUGCGCUGUUCUCUCCCGAUGAGCUCAAGAAGCGGACAGAGGCUGCCAACAGCGUCCUGCGGAGCUCGGCCGGCCGCGAGCGCGCCUACGUCCUGUCAGCAGCCAAGAAGAGCAACGGGUGAGUGUCCAGAGGGUGGGAAUGGGGCUGAAGCCAGGGAAG